GUCAAAUUUGUUGCGUUUUCAUGCGCGGUUUGUUUUGCUUGUAACUUGUUUUAAAACAUAUUGACUGAAAUGGAUGUUGCAAAAAAAGAAAUCCCUAAUGUGAAAAAGCAAAGCCCAGAGAAGGGAAAACAGCAAAAAACUAAAACUGCUCCAUCUCCACCGCCUCCAAUUGUAAAGCAGAGAACUGUGGUGACUCCAUGGCGAGACACGCUGGAAUUCCAAACGACGUAUGAGUGUUUAUUCGGCAAAACCUCCACGCCUGCCAACCGGCGGCAGGCACUCAGUAAAAUCCGCAUUUGGAGCCUUCGAAGGGGAAAUCUCUGCCCGGCGGCGGUCAUGGCCACUUCGGUGCUCGUCCAGGCUCAACUGGAGGACCAGGAGGGCAACUCCAAAAUACAGAACACCUACGCCAGUGCCUUCACGCGAUUCUAUAACUUCAUGUCCUCCAUCAUCCAGGGCCAUAACAUGACCAGCAUGUACGAAACUGCCAGGGAACUGGGACUGCAGUCGUUCAUCGUGGAUCUGCGGCACCUCUGCGCCCAUGGACAGGAGCUGCCACCCGUGCAGGUGCUAAGAAACACUUCGGAGCAUUGUCUGGAGUGGCUGCGAACCUACUACUGGCUGCCCCACAAGGAAACCAUGUCUAAUUUGAAUGCCGGCAAGCUGAAGCGCAAGGACAAGCUGAAGUUUGAGAAGGCUGUAAGCAAUCUUCUGGAGAUCUACGAUCUGACCCUGGAAUGCCAUUUCAAGGGGGCCGAGAAACUAAAGGCCAUCAGCAAACUGAAGUCCAGUGCAGAAUUUAAUAAGAUUAGGGUUUACUCCUCCAGCAAGAAAGCUAAAACAUCGAAGGAAAUACUCGACGCGGUGGUAAAUGAUCUCAGUGCGCUGGUCAAAAAGGAGUCUUCCUCCAUGAAGGAUCUGUUGGAUAUUUACACGGGUUGCCUGCUUAAAAUGGAAUACUUCCUAGGCGUUGGCCUGCAAGUGGAUGACAACGAGGAUACCCUGAUUGCAGCCACUCAGGGACUCUUUAGACUACUCGCCAUGCAGGGAUACAUCGAAAAGGUGUUUGUGGCCUUGGUUCAGCUGACUGAAAACGAAAACGAGGCGGAGCAUAGACGACUGGGAGCCAGCUACUGGGCCUCGAAGAUGGUUGAAUCCUUCGGAAUGCUGUUCCGCAUGAAGCGCAUGUACAAAGAGGAGCUUGAUUUGAACGAUAAACUGAAAGCAGUGGAGUUUUCUUCGCUGAACACGGACAAGCUAUCGAAAACCAUGCGCAGUCUGCUUGUGCAUUCCAAUGUGGAUCCCUCGAUUACCCUUAUUUUCGGGGAUAACCCCAAAAAGUCCAGGUCUUUGGUGUUUGAGCGGGAGUUUAUUAUGCAACGUGUUGCCCCUUUCAGCAAAUACUCGGCGCCAAUUCUUAAAGGGCUACUACCGCUUGCCGAUCCCCCCUUCAGCAAGACGCAAGUGGCGGAUCUAAGCAAACUCUGCGAUAUUAGAUUGCAUGAAUACGAAGAGGAAGAUCCCAUGGAGGAUGACGAUUCUUUGGAUGAGAAUUAUAACCUGGAUUAUUUGGAACAGCUUUUGGCAAAAGCAGCUCAAAGCAAGGGCAACACUAUUAGCAACUCUGUAACAUCAGACUUGGGCCUUUGGAAAGUUGAAAAAGACUACGAUUGGUCCAAAUGUGCCUUGGGCGUGUUACCUUGGGCUUCCUAAAUAUAAAUACAAUUUAUAUAUUAUAUUGAUUAAACCUACUAAAUAAAAACAAACUAUAUAAGAAA